AUGAAAAUAGAAGAGGUUCGCAGCACAUCAAAAACUCAGAGAAUAGCAGCCCAUACACACAUCAAGGGCCUUGGGUUAGAUGAAACUGGCACUGCUCUGUCAAAUGCAUGUGGACUUGUUGGUCAAGAGUGCGCGCGUGAAGCCGCUGGUAUUGUAGUAGAAAUGAUCAGAUCAAAGAAAAUGGCUGGGCGUGCAGUUUUAAUGGCAGGGCCUCCAGGAACUGGAAAGACUGCAAUAGCUUUAGCCAUUGCUCAGGACCUUGGUGGAAAAGUUCCAUUUUGCCCGAUGGUUGGAAGUGAGGUUUACUCUUCCGAAAUAAAGAAGACGGAAGUUUUGAUGGAGAACUUCAGGCGAGCGAUAGGUUUGCGCAUAAAAGAGAUCAAAGAAGUCUAUGAAGGAGAAGUAACCGAGUUAACUCCGGUAGAAACAGAAAGUCCAACUGGAGGUUUCGGCAAAACAAUCAGUCACGUUAUUAUCAGUUUGCGUACUGCUAAAGGUGUCAAACAAUUGAAGUUAGACCCAUGUAUUUAUGAGAGUCUUCAGAAAGAACAUGUUGAGGUCGGGGAUGUAAUUUAUAUCGAAGCCAACUCCGGUGCAGUAAAGCGUCAGGGAAGAUGUGAUGUUUAUACAGCUGAAUAUGAUUUAGAAGCUGACGAAUGUUGUUCAGGAUGUUACACUUCACGAUCUGGAUGUAGCAAACGCUCGACCUCAAGGGGGCCAAGAUAUUGUCUCAUGAUGGGUCAGCUAAUGAAACCGAAAAAGACGGAAAUUACAGAUAAACUAAGGAAGGAAAUCAACAAGGUUGUUAAUAAAUACAUAGAUCAAGGCAUCGCUGAACUUGUUCCUGGUGUGUUGUUUAUUGAUGAAGUACACAUGCUAGACAUCGAAUGUUUCACUUAUCUUCAUCGGGCACUCGAAUCAACAAUCGCACCCAUCGUUAUUUUUGCUACCAAUCGGGGGAAAUGUACCAUCAGAGGCACUGAAGACAUUAUUUCUCCUCAUGGAAUCCCAUUAGAUUUACUAGAUCGUGUUAUGAUCAUACGUACCCUUCCCUAUUCUUGUGAAGAAGUAAUCCAAAUCCUACGUAUACGUGCACAAACUGAAGGGAUAAAAGUAUCUGAACAAGCAUUCACUUGCCUUGCAACUGUCGCUACAGAUACAACUUUACGAUAUGCUGUCCAACUUUUGACCCCGGCAUGUCGUCUUGCUCAGUUGAGUGGAAGAGAUGAAGUCGAACCUUCAGAUAUCGAAGAAGACCGACGAUCUGAGAAGACAUUUUAAGUAUGUUCGAAAUACGGGAGCCAAUCGUUUACGUCUGGAUUUCCGUUUCACGUCCCGAAUAGCAAAUUAUUGGAAUUCACUGCGUGAACACGUAAUGUCAGCACCUCCUCUCGAUAAUCUGAAAGCAAGAUUGGAUCUUUACAACAAACUUCAAGGAGUAGUAUAGGUCGAUUGAUCUCUUACUACUGAUGACUGACCACUGUAGCGAAACAUUACUGUUACAUUUACCACUCCAUCUAACAAUGUCGUAUUUUAUGAGGUAAGCAUUAUACUUCCUUCUAUAUAUUGUGUUGCGGUGCUGCUUGAUGGGGCGAUUCAGCGCAACAUCUAAAGGCACGGUUCAAAAUACAAAGCAAUUGCCGAUUACUCACAUUCCAAACCAUGUCCUCUCAAAUUUGUUUUACGGUGUUACUGCCAUUGCUUAAUGUAUCUGAUUGUCAAAUCAUAAAUUAAGGAGUUCUUUGUCCUUCCCAUGCCAACUCUGACAACGCUGUUUGUUUAUUACGCACUCCCUUUUAUCAAUCUCUUAAUUCCGUUCUAUAACUUCCUCACUCUAUCUGGUUUAUAUAAAGCUAUGAUUAUUAGAAGUAUUCAAACUAAUGUGCUAACUGAAAAUUCCGGAAACAGUGCAGUUUAAGGCAGGUAGGACUAUAUGAGCACAAACGAACGUAUUAUAUUUGUAGCACGUACUGUUAGCGUUUCAGUCA